GAGCACAAUGUCAGAUAAAACUAUGCCAGAACUUCAUCAAGAUGAAAUUUUAAAAGUUACAAGUGUCAAGUUGGUUGAAGGAAAAACAAGUCCUCCAGACUAUCUCACAGAAAGUGAAGUAAUUAGUUUGAUGGAGAAACAUGGUAUAGGAACAGAUGCAUCCAUACCAGUUCAUAUUGAUAAUAUAUGCCAACGAAAUUAUGUAACG